UAGGUUGUCGUUCUGCAGACUGCAGACGCAUACUUGGGCUGGACGCGCCUGGGCUGACGCCUGCUCCUACCAGAGAGCUUCGGGUUCUCCAGCCUGCCUUCACGCGUUUGUGUGCAGAGCCAGACUGACUCUUUCAAUUUGCUUUGCCCUUGUGUGCACCAGAAUCAGUGCUGCAUGAUUUGAGUCUGAUAGGAUUGACUUUACAAAUGAGACAUUUAAGUCACAUCUGGCAAGAAGUUUGAUUUGAAUGAAACUUUAAAUCAUAUAAAUUUUUAAAUUUAUUUAACCUAACUUAUCAGCGUUAUGAAGUUAUUCAUAACCUAAGGUGUGCAUGGCCCUGAAGGGGAGGGAUGAGAAUUGCUGAUCUUAGAUGCUCUGAGAACCCUCUACUGUAUAAUCAUACCUAAGAAAUCAUUCAUGUACUGGCAGCCCCAAAAAGAGAAUAAACCAGGGACUUUGAUAUCAUGCAGCAGAAGACCAAAUUAUUUCUCCAAGCUUUGAAGUAUAGUAUUCCUCACCUUGGGAAAUGCAUGCAGAAACAGCAUUUGAAUCACUGUAACUUCGCUGAUCAUUAUUACAAUAGAAUAAAAUUGAAAAAGUAUCACCUAAACAAGUGUCUGCAGACUAAACCCAAGAUAUCAGAGUUAGCAAGAAACACCCCAAGUCGGAGCUUCUCACAUAAGGAACUUCUGCCUACUAAACAAGAAAACAAAAAAUCUCUUUCAAAAAAUAUGGAUGCAUUUGAAAAAGUGAGAGCAAAAUUAGAAACACAGCCACAAGAAGAAUAUGAAAUCAUCAAUGCAGAGAUUAAACAUGGUGGUUUCGUUUAUUAUCAAGAAGGUUGCUGCUUGGUUCGUUGCAAAGAUGAAGAAGCAGACAAUGAUAAUUAUGAAGUUUUAUUCAAUCUGGAGGAACUGAAGUUAGACCAACCCUUCAUUGAUUGUAUCAGAGUUGCUCCGGAUGAAAAAUAUGUGGCUGCCAAGAUAAGAACUGAGGAUUCUGAAGCAUCUACCUGUGUAGUCGUGAAGCUCAGUGAUCAGCCUGUAAUGGAAGCUUCUUUCCCAAAUGUGUCCAGUUUUGAAUGGGUAAAGGAUGAAGACGAAGAAGAUGUUUUAUUCUACACCUUCCAGAGGAACCUUCGCUGUCAUGAUGUAUAUCGAGCCACUUUUGGUGAUAACAAACGUAAUGAACGUUUUUAUACAGAAAAAGACCCAAGCUACUUUAUUUUCCUUUAUCUUACAAAAGACAGUCGUUUCCUCACCAUGAAUAUUAUGAACAAGACCACUUCUGAAGUGUGGUUGGUAGACGGCCUGAGCCCUUGGGACCCACCAGUACUUAUCCAGAAGCGAAUACGUGGAGUCCUUUACUAUGUUGAACACAGAGAUGAUGAAUUAUACAUUCUCACUAAUGUUGGAGAGCCGACAGAAUUCAAGCUAAUGAGAACAGCAGCUGAUACCCCAGCAAUUAUGAAUUGGGAUUUGUUUUUCACAAUGAAGAGAAAUACCAAAGUUAUAGACAUGGACAUGUUUAAGGAUCACUGUGUUCUAUUCCUGAAGCAUAGCAAUCUUCUUUAUGUUAAUGUGAUUGGUCUGGCAGAUGAUUCAGUUCGGUCUCUAAAGCUCCCUCCUUGGGCCUGUGGAUUCAUAAUGGAUUCAAAUUAUGACCCAAAGAACUGCCCCUUUCAGCUUUGUUCUCCAAUACGUCCCCCAAAAUAUUACACAUAUAAGUUUGCAGAAAACAAACUGUUCGAGGAAACUGGGCACGAAGACCCGAUCACAAAGACUAGUCGUGUUUUGCGUAUAGAAGCCAAAAGCAAGGAUGGAAAAUUAGUACCAAUGACUGUUUUCCACAAAACAGACUCUGAGGACUUGCAGAAGAAACCUCUCUUGGUACAUGUAUAUGGAGCUUAUGGGAUGGAUUUGAAAAUGAAUUUCAAACCUGAGAGGCGGGUGUUAGUGGACGAUGGAUGGAUAUUAGCUUAUUGCCAUGUUCGGGGUGGUGGUGAGUUAGGCCUCCAGUGGCACGCCGAUGGCCGUCUAACAAAAAAACUCAAUGGCCUUGCAGACUUAGAGGCUUGCAUUAAGACGCUUCACAGCCAAGGCUUUUCUCAGCCAAGUCUAACAGCCCUGACUGCUUUCAGUGCUGGAGGGGUGCUUGUGGGAGCAUUGUGUAAUUCUAAUCCAGCGCUCCUGAGGGCAGUGACUUUGGAGGCACCUUUCUUGGAUGUUCUCAAUACCAUGAUGGAUACUACACUUCCUCUGACAUUAGAAGAAUUAGAAGAAUGGGGGAAUCCUUCAUCUGAUGAAAAACACAAGAACUACAUAAAACGUUACUGUCCCUAUCAAAAUAUUAAGCCUCAGCAUUAUCCUUCAAUUCACAUAACAGCUUAUGAAAAUGAUGAACGUGUACCUCUGAAGGGAAUUGUGAACUACACCAAGAAACUCCAGGAAGCCAUCACGAAGCACGCCGAAGACACAGGUGAAGGCUAUCAGGCCCCCAAUAUUAUUUUAGAUAUUCAGCCUGGAGGCAAUCAUGUGAUUGAGGAUUCUCACAAAAAGAUUACAGCCCAGAUUAAAUUCCUGUAUGAGGAACUUGGACUUGACAACACCAGUGUUUUCGAGGAUCUUAAGAAAUUUCUAAAAUUCUGAAAUGCUACAUCCAACUAGGAAUUGGAAACAGUGAAAUACUUCAUAAUCUUAUUUCCAAUUGAAUUAGCAAAAGUGAGAUUUUUAAGUUAUUUAAUAAUUUUUUGAAAUGUGUUUCUCCAUCUAAAUUUUGCUUAGUCUGUAUCUCACUUGCUUAUUCUCUUCUCUCCAUUGGUACACAUGCCCCAUAACCUAGGAAAGUAGUUUUCAAAUCACGCUCCUUAGAAGGACAUGGAAGAAGGGAGGGAUUGGUGACAGAACUCUAGGCCUCCCAUCCAAUCAGUACAGCUUUAUUUUUGUCUGUUUCGCUAGGAUUUUCUUUGAUCAGUUUACAAAUCAAUGUCCCGCCUCUUUGCUAAUGAAUGUUUUUGCACACGCUGGCAGUGAGUCAUCCUCCAAUUUUUAUGCCUGCAUUUUAAUGAAAAAGAUAACAUUCUUCACAUUAAAAUUCAUUAGAGCUUUUGAAAACUCUGGGGUCCCAACAUGUUCUCAUCACGUUAUUGAUGCUAUCUCAAUGUAGUUACAAGUUCCUACAAGUGAUAAUUUUUUUAAACACUUUAUUUUUUCAAAGCUUUUAAGAACCUUUCCUAAAGCAGUUACAUUCAAGCUACAGAAAUAUCUGAGAAUUAAUGAUUGUUCAUAAAGUUUAUCCAGCAGCAUGCUAUACAUGAAACUACUGCAAAUGCUUAAAAUACAACAGAAUGCCAGUAUCAUCUCUUUCAUAGAGGUGCCUAACACAAGGUGUACAGUAUGUCGAAUACACUGGAAUAGCAUGCUCGAUUGGAAACAAAGCAUCUGUCUCUGAAAGCUGUUCGGUGAUGAAGGAGAUUCUUUGUGUUGUGUUGAAGGAUGAGUCCCUCUCCCUUGUUCAGAUAAAUGCCAGUUGUAUCAACUUCACUGCCAUUGGAGGUAGAAUUGGUACUUAAUAUUAUUCUGAGUCUUAUGGGAAGAUCUGAAAUCAUUUCCUGUAGAUUUAGCAGUGUUGAUUCUCCAAAAUUCAGAACCACUAUAAAGACUUUGUCUAUGCCGUCCAGCUCUCUUGUGUACACGACACUGUGGCUAUCAUUCCUCAAAUGGCAAAACCAGCCCCUGUUGAGAAUCAGCUCAUUGGCGUGAAGUAGACUUAAUUCUUGAUAUAACUUCAAAGCUGAUCUGGGCUGAGUCUUUUGGACCUAUUUUAUAAAAGAAUAUUUACAUAAAUAUUGAAUUCUGAAUUGUUUUUAAAUAUUUUUGGUAUCUUGUAAGGAACUAUUUACCAAAAACACUUGCUUCAAUUUUGCCCCUUAAAAUAACUGCCAAAUUGUAGAUAAUUUAUAUAAAAACUGAUAGAGAUUGCAAAUUCAGGCUUUCACUUGUAUGGGAGUCAUUGCAGUAUGCUUAGUAUUCCACUACAUCAUAGAAUUUCUGUAGAGACCAAAUUUGACAACACUUUAGGAAUCCCAAGACAAAUGUCCAUAUCUAAGUUAAUUAUUUAAAUUGCCUAAAUAAAGUCACCUUGUGCUAUAUUGUUACCGCCAAACCCUGGAAGAAAAGUGGCAUCUUGGUAAUGGACUGAAGACUUCUGAUGAAUUUGGGCUUAUUUGUUCUUUUUUAUAGAAUGUGUAGGUUGCUGUUAUACAAAGACAUAUAACUUCAGCAGACAUGUAUUUCUUGCAUAGCUAAUGGAAUAGAAAGUUGCAAAAAGGAUGCAAAGCAAAAAGCUUCCUAAAGUGAAAGAAAUUAUAGAUAUUGUUAACCAUAAUAGUAUAUAUCCAUUAAAUAUUUGGUUUUCUUAUACAGCCAUACAAAUAAAACAUGUAAUUUGAUGUUGUACUUUUCAUGUUUGACAUUUCAAGCAUUUUCCCAAUAUAUAGUUUCUAUAAAUUUAACCAUUCCUUUCAUUUUAACAUUUGUUUUCUAAUAUUUUCUUAUAUUUUUAUUCCCCUCCCAAUAUUUUAAGAUAGAUUAUCAGAAACACAAUUACUUUGACAAAGAAUAUGGACACUUGAUACAUAAUACAAAAUUAUUCUUAAGAGCUGUUGCCAAAUCAGUGAUAAUGUUCAUUGUACUCUCGCCAGCGAUGUUUACUGAGGGGGAGGGGUGGUAGUUGUUCUUUAGGGGUGGGUGCCUAAUAUGUGAUCUUUAAUGACUGUCUAAUGGGUGUUUGAAAAACUGUGUAUUCUGUUUAUUUAUGGUAUAUGUAUAUGACUUGUCAAAGUUACUAACAUUUUCUCUAGCCUUAGAUAAUGCAUGAAAAGCAUAUAGUUCAGUGCCACUCACAUAAGAAGUGCCCAGUAAGUAUUAACUAUUAUUUUUGUCUUAUUGAUUUAUCAAUUUCUAGAAGUAUAUUGAAGUCUCUCCCUGUAAUUGUGGAUUUGUCAAUUUCUCCUUAUAUUUCUGAGUACUUGUUUUAUAUAUUUUUAGUCUAUCAUUACAUACCUGAGUUUUAGAUAAAAGAAUAUUCUACUAAAAAUCAUGAAUCAUGUAUCACCUUGAAAAUUGUCUUUGUCUCAUAAAAUGCUUUUCAUAUUGAAUUCUAUUUUGUCUGCUAUUAAAUAUUUCCAAGCCUG